AAAAAAUCAAUAGUAACAUCGAAUAAAGAAAGGUAGCAAACUUACAUAUGAUCACCCGAAUAUCGGCCGUCACGAGUGACCGCAGCUGUGAUCGUCUCAGUCCUUUUUUCUAUCCGAAUCGAUUUGCCCCUCUUCGAUUAAGAAUUGGUCGUAGCUUUCCUUAGACCUUUCCCCGCUAAUAAGUUAGGUAGUGGAGCCUACACCUUUGUCCCUUGCCUAGUAAAAGCGUGACAAACCUCAAGUCUUCUUAGGACGGGACGUCCAACAUAUCUAGAUUCUUCUCAAUAUAAAGCCUAGCUUCUCCCUAGGCGCUUAAUCCAUAAUAGUACAACAAUUUCUAGCGACCCAAAAGAUCUAAACAGUCAUGGAUGCUAUCAUUGACCUCAAGGACGCCUCGAAGGCGCUGGAUCUGUCUAACAUCCGCUUUCAGCUCAUCCGGCUAGAGGACACAAUUACCUUCCAUCUAAUCGAGCGAGUCCAGUUCCCGCUUAACAAAACCAUCUACACCCCCGGCGCAAUAGAGAUCGGCCAAGACAGCAAGCUCAGUUUCAUGGACUGGUAUCUAAAAGAGCAAGAGAAAAUUCAGUCCCUGAUACGCCGAUACGAGGCGCCUGACGAAUACCCCUUCUUCCCCGAGGCAUUGCAGAAGCCUAUAUUGAAGCCCCUCGACUAUCCCAAGAUCCUUCACCCGAAUAACGUCAACGUCAACGAGCAAAUCAAGAAGUUCUAUACAGAGAAGUUCCUGCCCGCUGUGUGUCCCGACUUCGGCCGCCAGGAUAGGGGCGAGUUAGAAGAAAAUUACGGAUCAUCCGCCACCUGCGACAUCGCUUGUCUCCAAGCCCUCUCUCGACGGAUACACUUCGGCAAGUUUGUGGCAGAGUCAAAAUUCCAGUCGGACCCCGAGGGUUACACCAAGAUGAUCAAGGCGGGCGACCGUCACGGAAUUGGCGAGUCUAUCACGAACGCCGCGGUUGAAAAGCAGGUUCUAGCACGACUAGGGCUGAAGGCGCGAACUUACGGCACAGACCCGUCUACGCACGAUUCGGACAACGCUGGUAAGAUCAAUGUGGAAGCUGUAGUAUCCAUGUACAGGGACUUCGUCAUCCCCAUAACAAAAGAGGUCGAGGUUGAAUACCUAAUGCAGCGACUGGACUAAGCAGACUAUACGGGCUACAAACGGAAUAUAAAAGGG